CGGCAUUCACUCUUGCAGGCAGCCCUAACUGCUGUCAGCAACAGCUCGCUGACAAGCCGCAGUUGACAUGACUAACAGAACAACACAUCCGCUCCCCGCUAGGUGAUGUUAAUUGAAGACAAGGGACAGUAUGUUGGACGUUUCUCUUUUCUCUCAACUUAUCCGAUUGGAGCGUCCAUAACAUGGCUCCGUUCCGUUGACUCAGGACCCCUUCUCAAACUCCUCGCAAGGCCGCUGAUGAGCCCAUAAUCGACGAAGAUUUUCAAACUGUGUCUGGCUUCUCUUCUGUCAUACUGACCAGAAAUGAACUUCUCUGGCAUUGAUCCAGUUUUGCCAACAAAUGGCUUGUCACAGGAUUCUCCGCUUGCACAACAGCUCCAAUCUGCGAUUGCAGAUAUCCUACCUGAUGAGCUGGCUGCGCCAUCAUCGUCUUCAUCUACUCAAUCGAGGGCCACAUCCCCUUCCGCACCCUCCGUUACUUCGUCAUUCGGAUCAUCCCCGCCUACACCACACCACCCUGUCACUAAUUUGACCCUAGAAAAGGAGAAUUUACUGGGUGACUUGAACCACUUUAUUCCCGUGGGGAUUUUACAAAGAUGCGAUGAGCUAGACAAUAAUCACGAACCCAGAGUUAUAGACCAAGAAUCGGUAUCUCCCUACCCCAGCGCUGCGCUCUCGCAGCUGGAGCAAAAUAAUUGGAUUCGAACUUCUAUUUGCCGCAAUAAGAAAUUUGCUGGGUGGAGUGCUAUACGUAUUUAUGUUCUUCCCGAUGACAUUGGUAGGAAACACAUCCACCGAUCCAGCGGGGUGUUAAGGGGAUGUUUGAAAGUAGUGAUGUCAAAGGUGGAUACAUCGGCGACGGCAUGGGAAGGUAAUUUCGAUCCCUAUGCACAACCAGCGCCGAGAUCCACGGAGGUAGAGUCAUUGUUUUAUAUCUUUAAUACUCUCGAAUCACCAACCCCUGAUAUUGACAAAGUUUCCGACCCUCAUGCAAGAGCUGCGAUCGAAGAGGUUCUUUGGAAAGAAGGGGACUACGUUGGCGGAUCUGAUGAAGACACUGGUGUUAUUGGCCUGAAAACUCCCUUGUAUGCUUAUCAGCGCCGUUCAGCAGCGUAUAUGAUUCAAAGAGAGUCCGAGCCAGCACAAAUGCUGGACCCUCGUUUACAAGCACUGCAUGGCCCAACUGGACAACCUUAUUAUUAUGAUAAAGAAGAAGGAAACAUUCUUCAUGAGAAACGGCUCUACUCGGAGGCGUGUGGCGGAAUUUUGGCGGAAACGAUGGGCUACGGCAAAACUCUGAUAUGUUUGGCCGUUAUACUUGCAACGAGGGGCCAUUUCCCUCGCAUUCCAAUUCACUGUAUGGAAGGCCUUCACCCCGUUCGUGAGAAAACAGCAUCAUUACUUGAAAUGGCUGCAGCAACCGCAGGGCGUUUCUCCCUCCCGUGGAAGUCGUACUUUGAGCGGUUGGAGGCUUCGGGAAUGCAUUUUGAAAAAUGCAUAUCAGCCUGUGAAUCCAAUCGUGGGAGCUACGCAAUACUUAGGCCACCUCAGAGGUAUAAAAGCCGAGAAGUUGCACUGAAAGUGACACCUACCAAAUUACGGCUGUGUUCUGGAACCCUUAUCGUCGUACCGCCAAACUUGGUUGACCACUGGUUAAGUGAAAUUGACAAGCAUACGCAGGGUCUGAAGGUACUUGUUCUCCGGGACAGUCGCCGUGCGACUCCUCCUCCAGAGAAAUUGCUUGAAUAUGAUAUUCUUCUAUUUUCAAAGUCACGUUUCGAAAAGGAAGCUGGUGGUGGUGGACGUUCUUCAGGUUUUGCACCAGAACCGCGGAAAGCUUCCCCAUUGAAACGUCUACAUUGGCUUCGCAUCAUAGUCGAUGAAGGUCAUAAUUUUGCUGCCAAAGGUGCACGAACCACGGCCGUCCAUGCACUUAGUCAACUGCACGUUGAGCGACGUUGGGUUGUUUCAGGUACCCCUUCACGUGGCCUAUAUGGCAUUGAAGUUGCCCUAGCCUCACAGGAGAGUGUGGAAGGAGGAUGUGAGAAACAAGGAGAUGCCUCAUCCAUUUUGCAGGCUCGAAAAAUGUCAACCAAUGUCAUGGAAGAAGAGCUAAAGAACAUAGAUAAACUCCGGUCAAUUGUUGUUGACUUUCUUGCCUUGAAGCCUUGGUCAAACUCAAGAGCAGAAGACCCAGCCAGCUGGGCAAAGUAUAUCAAACCUGUUGGGCUGGAUGGGAAUCGCAGAACUUCUCCGUCCCUCCGAUCUACGCUUCAAUCACUUGUGGUCCGGCAUCGAGCCGAGGACGUAAACAGGGAUCUAACGUUGCCUAAGCUGCAUAACAAGGUGACUUACUUGGAGCCAACUUUCUAUGACAAAAUGUCUUUGAACCUUUUCAUAUUCACACUUACGGUCAAUGCAAUCACCUCUGAGCGGACAGGUGAAGAUUACAUGUUCCAUCCCAAGAAUCGCAAACAUUUAGCUGUCCUCAUUAGCAAUCUGAGACAAGCUGGUUUCUGGGCCGGUUUCGAGAAAAAUGAGGUACAAAAGUCGGUAGAUUUUGCCCGGGAGUAUCUCGGGAAGAACACUCACAGGAUUGAUGCAGGCGAUAAAAGGCGACUGAGUGAGGCAAUUAUCGUCACCGAAAAGGCAAUAAACUGCAAGUCUUGGGAUGCUCUUAGUAAGUUUACUGAGUUGGGGAUUUUUCUGGAUGAGUUCCCAGAUCAUGCACGCGCCGAAUGGGCAAUUGAUGCCAGCAAUGGACAUUCUGAGCCCUUACUCCUUGGGAUCUCACAAGCCAGACAUGCACAAAGGUUUGUCGCUUCACACCUUUGUGCUUUUGACCCUUCUGAAGGUAUCGCUGGCGCCGGAAUCCGGGCGCGAAGUCAAAUGAAGGAGCGAGGGAAUGUGCCUGAUAAAAAGCCCAAUGAUAACCUUGUUCACCGGCCAAAACCUGAAGGAAUUGAAAUUUCGCUGUCGAAGAAAUCAUUCUCUCUGGGCCGCGUCAAGAGACUUUCUCCCGAAUCACCCCUCAAUAAAACUAAGCUAGUUGCUACUGCGUCAGCCAAACUCACGUAUUUACUAGAUAAGGUGCUUGAAUUUCAGGAACAGGAGAAAAUCAUUAUUUUCUAUGAAGGGAAUAACACGGGCUUCUACAUUGCAGAAGGACUUGAAAUUCUCGGUGUCGAAUUCCGAAUUUAUGCAAAUACUUUGAAAACGCAGACCCGAUCGGAGUAUCUCUCACUGUUUAACGAAACGGAAACCGUACGGGUCCUACUUAUGGACCUUCGUCAAGCCUCCCACGGUCUUCAUAUCGCGUGCGCCUCCCGAGUUUUCAUCGUAAAUCCAAUUUGGGAUCCAAACAUUGAAAGCCAAGCAAUCAAACGAGCUCACCGCAUCUCGCAGACCAAGCCUGUUUAUGUGGAGACCCUUGUUCUUAAAGGUACGCUCGAAGACAGGAUGCUUCGGCGACGGAAACAGAUGUCAACUACCGAAUUGCGGCAUGCGGAGAAAGAUCCCCUAGAUGACCAGACGAUGAGCAGCAUUAUUCAAAAUGAAGAGGUCAUCCCUAUCCCCGAAACCGAUGCUUCUGAAAGACCUGCAUACCUGAAAAUACCCGUCGGUUUUUUUGAUCGACAUACCUUACCCAUUCCUGACGAUUACCAGGAGGUUGAGCAUGUAUCGCCAGUCUCGUUGCCACAUUCCCCAUCAGCACCGGCGCCUGUUAAAGUAGCGACUCCCACUAAGAAAAGCAAACCUUCCAACGAUUUCCCUUGGCUAGAAUCAGAUGUCCAGUCGUCAUCGAAUUCUAGUCCAAACAUACGUAAAAAGAGACGUUUGAACGGGCAUUUGGAGACUAUGAAUGGUAUUAUUAUGGAGGCUCCUCGGACCAGAACACCACCCUCCCGCCGCGAUCCAGUCCCGCAAGUUGUGCUUCAUACUAAUUAAGGCGCAUCUCCGGCUGAUAACACUCACGCUUUUCCUGUAUUGUAUGAUGGCCCAAGUGAUACAGCUGAGGAUCUGCCUCGUUCUGAGGAGGAUCCUGAGUCACACCUUUUCGAAAAUUUAUUACCUCUGCGCUGGCUUCUUUAUUAACUCAGAGCUCUUGCUUAAACUAGCGUGUCGGUUCUUGUUUCACUAUUACGUUUUUUUUUCUUUUGUUUUAAACUCUGCCUGGGGUGCGGCAGCUGGACGACUCGUCCUGGCGUUAGGUGGUGUUCUGGAUGUGGAUAUGGAUAUGGAUAUGGGUAUGUAUGGGUAAGGUAUGGGUAUGGUUAUGGACAUGGAUCUGAAUCCGAAUAUGGAAUCUGAGUUCUAGGACUUUGAAGCCAAUCAUGGUGGCAGCGCAAAGUGGGGGGCUGAUAUUUCUCAAGUUUAAAUACUACCAUAUAUUUCCCAUUGUACCGCACUACGGCAGCCUAUAUAUAAUAUAGUGACAUUUGGGUCAAAUGGAUAUUUUUU